AUGGCGUCCACCACCCCCGCGGCUACCAAGCCCGAGACUCCCGCCGCUGAGGCUCCCGCCCAGGCUGCUGGCGGCCUCGAGAACCCCGAGGAGGGCCUCAUCGAGUCCAACUGGGACCAGGUUGUCGACAACUUUGACGACAUGAACCUCCGCCCCGAGCUCCUCCGCGGCAUCUACGCCUACGGUUUCGAGCGCCCGUCGGCUAUCCAGCAGCGCGCCAUCAUGCCCGUUGUCGCCGGCCACGACGUUAUUGCCCAGGCCCAGUCGGGAACCGGCAAGACGGCCACCUUCUCCGUCUCGAUUCUCCAGUCGAUCGACGUCAACCUCAAGCAGCCGCAGGCGCUCGUCCUCGCCCCGACCCGCGAGCUCGCCCAGCAGAUCCAGAAGGUCGUCAUCGCGCUCGGCGACUACAUGAACAUCGAGUGCUUCGCCGCCGUCGGCGGAACCUCGGUCCGCGAGGCCAUGGCCAAGCUCCAGGAGGGCGUCCACGUCAUCGUCGGCACCCCCGGACGUGUCUUUGACAUGAUCCAGCGCCGCGCGCUCAAGACGGACCACAUCAAGAUCUUCUGCCUUGACGAGGCCGACGAGAUGCUCUCGCGCGGUUUCAAGGACCAGAUCUACGACGUGUUCCAGCUCUUGCCGCCGACGACCCAGGUCGUCCUCCUCUCGGCCACGAUGCCGGCCGACGUCCUCGAGGUCACGACCAAGUUUAUGCGCGACCCGAUCCGCAUCCUCGUCAAGCGCGACGAGCUCACGCUUGAAGGUAUCAAGCAGUUUUUCAUCGCCGUCGAGAAGGAGGAGUGGAAGCUCGAGACCCUCUCGGACUUGUACGAGACCGUCACCAUCACCCAGGCCGUCAUCUUCUGCAACACCCGCCGAAAGGUCGACUGGCUCACCGACAAGCUCCAGGCCCGCGAGUUUACCGUCUCGGCCAUGCACGGCGACAUGGAGCAGGCCCAGCGUGAGGUCAUUAUGAAGGAGUUCCGCUCCGGCUCCUCGCGUGUCCUCAUCACGACCGACCUCCUCGCCCGCGGCAUCGACGUCCAGCAGGUCUCGCUCGUCAUCAACUACGACCUCCCCUCGUCCCGCGAGAACUACAUCCACCGUAUCGGCCGUGGCGGUCGUUUCGGUCGCAAGGGUGUCGCGAUCAACUUUGUCACCCAGGAGGACGUCCCCGCGCUCCGUGACAUUGAGCGCUUCUACAACACCCAGGCGCGUGUUGGCGGGAAGAGGCGCGUUAUUGACGAGAUGCCAAUGAACGUUGACCUCAUCUAA